GAAAUGGCUGCCGAAAACAAGCCGGAAGGACUGAAGAGAAUUCGUAAUGCAGAUCGAAUGUACAGAACUUCUGUCAGCUACGCCAGCCACACUGCUUCUAAGGGUGUCCGAGAUGACACAGACACCAACAAUGAACAUGGACAUUUGAAAAUCUACCUGCCUAAGAAGCUGCUCGAAUGUCUGCCCAAAUGCUCCUCUCUGCCCAAGGAGAGACAUCGGUGGAACACCAAUGAGGAGAUCGCCGCUUACUUGAUAUCAUUUGAAAAGCAUGAAGAGUGGCUAACGACGUCCCCUAAAACCAGGCCGCAAAAUGGGUCUAUGAUCCUAUACAACAGGAAAAAAGUGAAGUACAGGAAAGACGGCUACUGCUGGAAGAAGAGGAAAGAUGGCAAGACCACGCGGGAGGAUCACAUGAAGCUGAAAGUACAGGGAGUCGAGUGUCUGUACGGGUGUUAUGUCCACUCCUCCAUAAUCCCUACCUUCCACCGCAGGUGUUACUGGCUGCUCCAGAACCCAGACAUCGUUCUGGUCCACUACCUUAAUGUUCCGGCCAUCGAGGAUUGUGGGAAGCCAUGCGGUCCAAUCCUGUGCUCCAUCAACACAGACAAAAAGGAGUGGGCCAAAUGGACCAAGGAGGAGCUCAUCAGCCAGCUCAAGCCCAUGUUUUAUGGCAUCAAGUGGACUUGCAGCAACGGGAACAGCAGCACCGGCUUCUCGGCUGAGCAGCUGGUGCAGCAGAUCCUGGACAGCCACCAGACCAAGCCACCUCCCCGGACUCACAACUGCCUCUGCACGGGGACGCUGGGUGCUGGUAGCAGUCUGCAUCACAAGUGUAACAGUGCCAAACACCGCAUCAUCUCCCCGAAGGUUGACCCGCGCUCUGGAGGUGCUUAUAGCAGCACUCACUCCGAAGUCCAGAACAGUGAUGUGUCUGAGGGCAAGACCGAACACACCCAUGGAGCAGGCAAAAAUGGCAGGGGAACGGGCGACGGGCCGGGUGGAUCGACUGCGCGAGAAAAGAGGAACAGCAAAGGAACGAAACCGGCUCUACUUCAUCAGAACAGUAUGGAGGUGUCCUCCACCAACCAGGUGGAGGUACCAGACACCACCCAGAGCUCUCCUGUAUCCAUUAGCAGCGGGCUAAACUCUGAUCCUGACAUAGCUGACAGCCCGGUGGUGACAGGUAUGAGCCACGUGGCCUCCGUCAUGAGCAGCCUCUCCCAGUCGACCACUGUCUUCAUGUCAGAGGUCACCGGUGAUCCUGUCUACAGCAUGUCUCCCACUGGAGAUCCCAAUGCUCAUCUCCUAGGCCCUGACACAGCCUCAAGCAGCUUGGUGCUGGCAGUGGCUGCUGACAGUCACAAAUUUGCUUUUCCUGGGGCUGUGGGUGUGGGUUUAGGAGAUGUAGGGUCUACAGAGAGAUUGGCGAUGCUUUCUGCAGCUAGCAUGUCAGAAGAGCUUGUCCUCUCUAGCAGCCUAGAGUCUGGGAGCAUUAAGCUGCCAGAAACCACCAUGAACUUUGACCCAGACUGCUUCCUCAACAACCCCAAGCAGGGCCAGACAUAUGGAGGAAAUGGGCUGAAGACAGAAGUCAGCAACACCAGCAGCUGCAGCAACGGAGGAGUCCGAUGUUCACCUCCUCUCACCGACAAUGGUUAUGGCUUCAAUGCCUCACUGGUCAAGAAUAUUAAAACAGAGGACACAUCAUUUGAGCAGCAGCUGGCCAAAGAAGGUGGUUACCAGGUUGGAGAGGUGGUCAGUGGUGCAGGUAGCCUGUCCAGCUCCUCGGGCAGUGGCUCUACCCAGAGUUCCCUAGCUCUGACACCAACUAGCUCAUUGCUCCCAUCUGGGGGUGGCCUGAGCCCUAGCACCACACUGGAGCAGAUGGAUUUCAGCGCCAUUGAUUCCAAGCAGGACUACUCUUCUACCAUGAUGUCUGCUACAAGCUACGGUCAAGCUAUACCCAGCCCACAGCUAACCCACCAGAGCCACUCUCCCAGCUUCUUCCUGCAGGGCUCACCUCAGUCCACCCAGACACAAACCCACCAGAACACUAGCACUUCUGCUCAGAACUCGCACGACUCCACUGCCUACAUGGGUUUGUCCGUAGUCAAGACUGAUUCAACAGGCACCAACGGGCAUCACCACCACCACCAUGCCCAUCAAGGCCAGCAGACAACAUCCAAUUGCAACAGCAGCUCUCCAGCUGAGAGAAAUGGGCAAGGUGGCACUCUGCAACUUAUGCAGUACCAAAACCGCUUCACAGGUGCCAGCAAAGAACACGAGGAGGUUGGAAGUUUGGAACAACAAGCCAACUCAGAAAGACGGGACGCAGGCGGGCAAGAAAAGGAGACGGAAGACUUGCUGAAGGCAGGGGAUCACCUGCAGCACUGUGUGAGAAAUGGAGCAGAUGGCAGUGGAGCUACAGAGCACUACCUCCAACAACCAGAGAGCACCAACUUGGGAGCAGGAGGAGCUGGAGGAACAGGAACAGGUAAUAAUAGUGGAACCCUGUGUAACGGUACGGAUGGCAGCAGGGCAACUGGCAGUCCACAUCAGCAGCUACAGCCUCUCCUACAGGGAGCAGGGCUAGUCCAGGGGCUCUUUAACAACAUGGCAGCCCACCAGGCUCUGGCCACAAGUGGAGCCAAUGGAGGAGGAUCCAUGGAGAUCAGCCUAGAUCACUUUGACGUCUCUUUUGGGAAUCAGUUUUCAGACCUCAUCAACGAUUUCAUUUCAGUAGAAGGAGGAAACGGUGCAGCGAUCGGCGGACAAACGGGCAACACACUCUACAGCCAUCAGAUAAUGGCCCACUCAGGCACAGAAGGGCAAGUGACAUCUGGUGCAACCACCCAGCAGGUUGCUGAAGAAGGACCCACCCAUGGAGCCACAGGGUACAACUCUGCAGAACUCUGCCUCCAGCCCUGUUGCAGCCCCCAGUCGGCCCAGUCUGGGGCACUGGGAACAGACACUGGGCAGUUGGCGUACAUGCAAGUAGAGGAGGUAGUGUCUGCAGCUGUGGCUCAUGGGACCAUGGGGAUGCUUCAGAACACUGGGAGACUGUUUGUGGUGACAGACUACUCACCAGAGUGGUCUUACCCAGAGGGUGGAGUGAAGGUUUUAAUCACAGGACCAUGGCAGGAGGCCAGCAGUGACUACACUUGCCUGUUCGAUCAGAUCACGGUUCCUGCCUCGCUCAUUCAGCCCGGAGUGCUGCGAUGUUACUGCCCAGCUCACGACACAGGCCUGGUGACCCUUCAGGUGGCAGCCAGCAGCCAGAUCAUCUCCAACUCGGUGGUGUUUGAAUAUAAAGCCCGCGCUCUCCCUGCCCUGCCCACCUCUCAGCACGACUGGCUCUCCCUGGAUGACAACCAAUUCAGAAUGUCGAUCCUGGAGCGCCUGGAGCAGAUGGAGCGCAGGAUGGCCGAGAUGUCCGGCCAGCAGCAGCAGCAAGGCAGCGGAGGAACAUCUGAAAGUGGAGUAACGGGAGGAGGAGGAGGAGGAGGAGAAGGAAGAGGCACUAGUCAGACUCAGAGUCAGGGACAAGCUGGAAGCUCCUUUGAGAGUCGUGUGGUGGUGGUGUGUGAGAAGAUGAUGAACCGCGCCUGCUGGGCAAAAUCCAAGCACUUAAUCCACUCCAAAACCUUCCGGGGUAUGACCCUGCUCCACCUGGCAGCUGCCCAGGGUUACGCCAACCUGAUCCAGACCCUCAUCAAGUGGCGCACUAAGCAUGCAGACAGCAUAGAUCUAGAGUUAGAGGUGGAUCCUUUGAAUGUCGACCAUUUCUCCUGCACCCCGUUGAUGUGGGCUUGUGCUUUGGGUCACACGGAGGCAGCAGUGGUUUUGUAUAAGUGGGAUCGGCGUGCCCUGGCUAUCCCCGAUUCUCUCGGACGCUUACCGUUGGCCACAGCCCGAUCCCGGGGCCACACCAAGCUGGCGGAGUGUCUGGAAAAUCUUCAGCGGGAGGAACAGCAGCAGCAGACUCCCGCUACCAACAUGCCUUUCUCCUCGUCCACAGAGAGCUCCACCACAGAGGGCUGGAUGAAUGUUUGGGGAAGUGAGACUGCUUCUGGAAUAAGAGGGAGCAACGUCGUUAGCUCUGCUCCAAGCGCAAACCAAGAUUUGAGGAGGCCCAGGUCUGAAUCUUCCAGUUUCUACAACAGUGAAAGCCAAGGUGAUGCCCCAUUAACCAAGAAACACAAACCCAAUCCUGAGCUCCACCAAGCAAGGUCAAGCAAGCCCAGUUCUAUCCCUCUCGGUUUAGGAGAGCAAGUCCACAAGUCUAAAACCUGCCCUGCUAAAGCAGCCAGAGCAGGUAUGGUGGACACAGAGUCAGGAAAAGGAGACAAGGCUCAGGCAAAGCUGGGCUCAGCUUGCGGAGGCGGGCGAUGGAGUGGCAGACAGACCGCAGGACGCAGAGGGCCGAUUGGAGGACUCGCUAAAGAAAGGUUGGCAAACAGGCUGCGGUUACGAGAAGCAUCUGGUACGGGAUCAGUCUCCGAGCUUCUGGUGGGCCAAGAGGAUCUGGAGAACACAGGAGAUCUACAGUUGAAUAUGAUGACUCUGGCCGAGCACAUCAUCGAAGCAACGCCUGAUCGCAUCAAGAGUGAAAAUUUCGUGGCCACGGAGUCAGCAAAUCUGGAUAGUGUCGAGGUCAACAGCACUAUGAGCUGGUUAGCGACUUACCUUGGAGAUGCAGAAAACUUAAUCACAAUUUAUUUUUCCAGGUUCUUAUACAGCAAGCCGCAGGCAUGCUCCGUGGGAUUGGACAGCGGACACGCUGGCAGCCAGCCGGAAUCCGAAGGCCCUUUCGGGAAACUCGGACUCCCGUCUCCAGCAGACUGGAGCGCAUUCCUUAACGUCUCUCACAGCAAAAAGGAGCGGGAUUUAACUCAGCUGGCCCUGUCCGACCAUGAGCAGAGAGAGCUGUACGAGGCAGCACGCCAAGUCCAGAGCACCUUCCGCAAGUAUAAGGGGCGUCCACUCAGAGAGCAGCAGGAACUGGCAGCUGCUGUUAUUCAGCGCUGUUAUAAAAAGUACAAACAGCUGACAUGGAUAGCCUUGAAGUAUGCACUUUAUAAGAAGAUGACGCUGGCCGCCAUCCUAAUCCAGAGUAAAUUUCGCAGCUACUACGAGCAGAAGAAGUUCCAGCAAAGUCGUCGGGCAGCCAUGCUAAUCCAGCAAUACUAUCGCAGCUACAAGGAGCUGGGCCGACCCAACUCGCACUCUCACGCCGCUGCAGCUGCCGCCCUCGUGCAGCACAAACUCAGAAGUGGUCUGCUCACCAAGAGGCAGGACCAGGCCGCCAGAAAAAUAAUGCGAUUUCUGCUCCGAUGUCGCCAUAGCCCCUUGAUGGACCAUAGACUGUUCAAACGGGGUGAGAGAACUGAAAAGGGCCAAGGAACAUGAGAGCUCGCCAAAGAGCCCCGUCACAAUGUAACGUCCACCUCCGAAUCCAGACUGUUCCCCUUUUCCUCUUUCUGUUUUUACAUAAAACGAACAAUUUACCAAAAGGCAAAAACUAUUCAAGGAAAAACAAAACAAAACAAAACAACAAAAAAACAGAAGCGAGAAGACGUUAAGAACAUGCGAACUUGUGACGGUUACAUCAUGACUGAUUCUGUCGCCCCUGGUACUGCCACAGUGUUGUGUAUUUUUUCCUCUCCAUCGGGGAACGUGGGGAGUUCUGCGUAAAAACAAAGACUUUAUCUGGGAAACAAUGACAUCCUCAUGCCAUUUUUUGCACUCUUCAUAUUUUCUUUCUUUUUUUUUUAAAAUCGAGGAACGACUGCCGUGGAGCUGAACGCUUUUUUUUUUCCUGACGGCACUCGUAAGACGAGAAAGACGACAAGAUUAAGUCACGCGUCGCAUUCAUGUAAUCAUGCUGGAUUCUGCUUAUGAUUAUUCCGUUUUUAUAUUUCGAAUGAAAGGGGGGGAAACAACCAAUUUGAACCAAAAAAAAACAAACAAAAAAACGGUCUCAUCUCAUUGAUCAUGUGCAUGCAGAGUUUUCCGUCAGCUCGAUGUAUAUCAGCUCUUUGUUUCUUACUAGGCCGUCCUUUCAUCAGGUGAAAAAGGGAUGGGAUGCACAUGAAUGUACGCUGGGUUUAGGUUUUAAAAGAAAAAAAAAAAAGAAAUUCUGGGUUUGAAAUAUCAGUGUCUUACUUUUUGUGGUUUUCGGAGUAAGUCACAAUUUGGGACAGAGCCGAGCUCUCUGUUGAGUAACUGUUUGUGUGUUUUUUGACUUUCUAAACGAGUCCUUUUCUUAACGUUUGACCUUUCGCUGGCCUGACUUUGUGAGUCCUGUGUUUGCUGAAUUUUAAACCGGAAAUAGUGCAUGUAUUUGAGCCGAGUGCUCCUGCAUGCUGACAGAACUGUUUUGUGGGGUUUUUUUGUGUUUAAUUAACCUCAGCAUCGUUUCUCUGACCUGUCAUACAAAAUAUACGUCUUUUUAAAUUUUUUAUGUUAUUUAUUUUUUCGCCUUACAUCGUUUACCUCUUCUUUUACAUGCGUUCUGCUUCCUAUAUUUUUUUUGCCUGGAUUUAUUUAACUUUUUGGGGUUUUUUUUGUUCUACAGUUGUCUCAUUGUGCCACAGAAACACUAUUUUUGCUGUAUGUUUGCGUGUGUGUGUGCUUGCUGACAAGGUUUCAGCGCUUCACUUUGUUGCCGUUUGUUCCAGCAAGUCGUUAAAUGCUUUUCGUUCCGAGAUUCCCGUAACACUGACGUCUUAAAGACUUUUUAAAGGGUCCCUAUAAACAACCUCCAUAUUUUUGACUAAAGCGCGGUUCCUGUACAUAACAAAGAUGAGAGAAAAGGCACGCGGCGAGCCAGAACCCUUACCACAAGAGGAUUGUAUUUAAUAAUAUAUAUUAUUUUAUUCAUAAAAAAACAUAAUAACAUGAUAAAGAGAUAGCAAAAAAAAACAACAAAAAAAAAACAAAUAUAUUGUAUAGUUUUGUUUGAGCGCCCGAGAUGUACGGUUGUAUUGUUUGUAAAUACUGUAAAUAUCUGGUGCAAAAGAAGGAGCCAUGUGCAUGAAACCUUACGAUAAUGACACAGAGCAUAAUAUAAAGGAAAAAAAACUGUAGUGGCUAUGAUCUAAACAGAUUCAUUCAGUUUCAAUAUAAGAGCCUUUUAUUUGAAAUGUUCUUAUAAAGAACAUUUAGUAAAGCAUGACUUUUUUUGCAAAAUCAUGAUAAAACAUAGAGUUAGUGGAGACCCGAGAAAAAAAUCUUUGGAUACGACCUGUUUAUAGAGUGACGAGAUUUUAUUUAUUUUUAAUUUUUUUUGUAUACCCUUACGAAUCAUCUGGAUUUCUGUAUAAAUGGCUCCGGAAAUGUGACAUGAUCAUGUGAUAAUAAAGGGAGUAUAAAUAAACACACGUGACAUUACACACGUCCUUGUAGACGUGCCGUGUCUCUUGGUGUAGAAAGUCAGUAUGUAUUCAGGUUUUGGUUUGACCUGUCCUGUAAAAACACACACACACAAACACACACACAGAGUUCUGGUUAACUGUCUAUAAAAUGAACAAAAGUCAGUACUGUUUGGUACUAGAGAGAAUUUAGGAAUUCUGGAAGGAAAUCUGACCAAUCCAACCUGCUUCUUAAAGAACUUUGGCCAAUACCGCCCAUUCAUGUAGGAAUUCUGACCAAUACCACCCACUUCUGAAAGAGUUCUGACCAAUACCAAUCAUUCCCAUAGGAAUUCUGACCAAUAUCGCCCAUUGCUAAAAGAAUUCUGGCCAAUACCACCCGUUCCCAUAGAAAUUCUGGCCAAUAUUGCUCAUUCCCGUAGGAAUUCUGGCCAGUGCCACCCAUUCCCAUAGGAACUCUGGCCAUUACCACCCAUUACCAUAGGAAUUCUGACCAAUAUCACCUAUUCCCAUAGGAAUUCUGCACCAUACCAACCAGGCCUGAAUGAAUUCUAACUACUAUCUGAGGAAACCUUAUGAAUAGCUCCCAUUCCUGAAGGAAUUCUAACUCAUGCCCGCACUCUCUCGCAGUUAUUACUUUUGCUUUUUAUCCACCCGUGCUAUUUUCUAUUCAACUGAUUGGUUCUGUUUCAAAACUCUAAACUAAUUAAGCGGUUAAACCACAGUGACCCUGACCAGAGUAAAGCGCUUAGUGAAGAUGAAUAAUUGAAAGCUCUAAACAUUUCAUGCACUCGUUCUAAAAGCUUCAUAUCUGGCCACUCUUUAAAAACCCGCUCAACUUUUUUGUUGGGUCCCAUAGGAUCGCAGUCCCGAUA